UUUUCACUUUUUUAGCUCAACAACAAUUCAUUGUCUUUCCUAUCAACCUCAACAAGGUUGUUGUAGUGACAAUAUUAUUAACAGUGACAGCAGCGCAUCUACACAAAUAUUCCACCAAAAAACAAUAAUAAAUCAAAUGUCCCAGCCAAAUAAUAAUAGCAGCAGCAAUAUUUCUUCUGACGACACAAAACCUGCAACGCUUUCUUCAACAAAUUUUUCUUCACGUGAACAACAGCAAAAUAAUAAUAAAUUCAUUUCUUCUCGUCAACCACCACAGCCUAAAAACAGAAGAAGGGCUAGCCAUUUUGCAACAACUUCAAGUUCAUUCAAUGAAUCAAGGGAGAGAAACAUUAGUGAGGAACAAAAACAAUUAUUUCUGUUGCAACAAGAACAAAAACAACAACAAAACUUGGAAAAUAGUCAACGAAGAAAUACAACAUCGAACUUGUCUAUUCCUACAAAAACAACAGCUAAAGAGCGUGUAGGGGUGCUGAUUAAACAGUUCAAUGCCUUAGACAAGGGAGAAUUGCCCAUUCCGAAUGUUUUACAACCUCAAACUCUAUCAAAAUCCACAUCUGUCCGCAAUUUAAGUUUGAGUCCUUCAAUUCGUUGUAUUAAUAGACAAACAACGUCAAUUUUGUCUGAUGAUAAUAGAGAAGAGGGACAAUCGCCUUCCCUUUCUUUGGACAGCGAUUUUCUUUUGCGAGAAAAGAACUCAACAACAGCAUCAUCAGUUGAAAAUGAUGAAGUUCAAUCGCAAACAACAGAUUGUACAAGUAAUUCAAUUGCUAAUGCCUCUACACAUUUGCCCUUAGAAGGUAGUGGAGGUACGGGGGCGUUGUUGGACUUGUCUCGAUUUAAAACUGAAAAAGUUAUUGGAAGGACAGUUCCAUGUUUUCCACAUUCAUCAGAUUCUGACUGUGAAUGUGACGAUAGUGCUAAUAAUAAUCGACAGACCAAAAAAACUUUGUUGUCAUCAUCAGAGAAACAACAACAAAGUUUAUUUUUAUCUUCUCUGCCUUCUGCUCAAUUACAAUCUACUCUAAAUUCUUUAAAUUCUUCUUCUCUAAUUUCAUCAGCAUCUUCUCCUUCUCCAAAACUUUCUUCAUUAAUUAUUCCAGAAAAUAACAAAAAAGAAGAAAAAUCACAACAAAUUUCAACAAAAUUAGAAGAAGAAAAUUCUCAUAAAAAUUCUCUCCCUCCAACCAAUAAUUUUUGUUUAUCAACAACUUUUAAAGAAGAAAAUCUUGCCAAUAUUUCUAUUAGUGAUAAAACACUUACUGAAGAUAUAAACAUUAAAGUUGAAUUAUCUACUCGUCAAAAUCUUUCUUUAUUUUUGGCUUCGUCUUCUUCCCCUUCACCUCCUUUGUUAGUGAAGGAUGGAAGUUUAGACAGUCAUCAACAAUUAAAACCUAGCGAAUAUGAGUUAUCAACAAUUCGCGGACUUUUAAGCCUUGAUGAAUAUUCAAAAACUCAUCUAUUUUGUGUACUUUUGCAUAGACCAGUUGGACUUGAUGAAGUUAGUGUUGGUCUUUUAUUAUCCGAAAGGCCUCUUGUUCGUUCUACGCCAGAAAGAAAUUCUUUAAAUUAUGCUAUUGAAAUUAGUAAAGUAACUUGUGGUUCUAUUGCUGAGAAAAAUGGGUAUUUAAUGCAAGGCGAUAGGGUUUUCUUUAUUCAACAUGAGUCGACUGAGAAUAUGCGCGUAAAAGAAGCUAGAACAUUAUUACGUUCACGAGCCCCGUCAGUUCAUUUAAUUGUUGGACGCCGUCAAGGAUUAUUAUAUCAACAACAACAUAAUAUUACAAAUUGUUUAACUAAUUCGUCUACAAGUGGUAGUAGAACAGCUUUGAGUGCUUCAAGUACUUCUAGUUUAACUGCUCUUUCUGAAUAUCAGGAAGAUCACCAAUCUUCUAUUUUUUUGACUGAUCCAGCAUUGGAGAGAUAUGCUCCAGACUCUAUUCUUGUUACUUUACCUAAAUCUGAACUUAUUAUGGGUUUAUCACUUGAUGGUGGUUUAAGCUCACGUUUUGGCGAUCGUCCAAUUUUUGUCAAGAGAGUUUUUGCUGCAGGAGAAGCAGCUCUAGAAGGCAGAAUUUCUCCAGGCGACGAAAUUCGAAGGAUUGACUCAACUAAUUUAAAUAAUUUUACCCGUUUUGAGGCCUUAAAAUUGAUAAGAGGAUUGCCUGAUGGACCUGUACAAUUGGAAGUUUAUAAAAGAAUUUGUUGA